UAUUGUGGCCCAGCAGCGCCUAUCUGGUUCGUGACUCUUUUCUUCCUCUCCUCCGGCGGGGCCCCGGCGACAAACUAGCUAACGGCGGCGAGAUCCAGAUCCACCGCACCGGACCCGGACCCGGACCCGCCCGCCCCGCAGGAACAGGAUGUUCGGACUUCAGGCGAGCGGCGCGGCGGCCUCGUGGGUGGUGGGGCGGAUGGGCACCGACGCCCACCUCUACGAUGACCCCGACGACGCCUCCAUCCCCGAGCUCCUCGACUCCCGCUUCGAUGCUGACAAGGUCGACGCCCUCAAGCGCCUCCUUGCCCUCAUCGCCCAGGGCGUCGACGUCGCACACCUCUUCCCGCAGGUUGUCAAGAAUGUGGCGUCGCAGUCGCUCGAGGUCAAGAAGCUCGUCUACCUCUACCUCCUUCACUACGCCGACAAGCGCCAAAACGAAGCCCUUCUUUCUAUUAACAUUUUCCAGAAGGAUUUAUCAGAUAUAAACCCAUUGGUGAGGGCUUGGGCCCUGCGCACUAUGGCUGGCAUUAGACUACAUGUUGUUGCUCCGCUUGUGUUGGUUGCUAUCAAGAAAUGUGCCAGGGAUCCAUCUGCAUAUGUAAGGAAAUGUGCCGCCUAUGCGCUUUGCAAGCUGUGUGACUUGCUUCCAGAUGAAAGCACAGCUUUGGAGGAGAUCGUGGACAUCUUGUUCAACGACAAUUCCCCUGGAGUAGUCGGAGCUGCCGCUGUUGCAUUUAAGUCAGUCUGUCCAAGUUGUUUAGAGUUAGUAUCAAAACAUUUCCGAAGGCUAUGUGAGACACUCCCAGAUAUCGAGGAAUGGACUCAAAUUGUCCUCAUUGAGAUCCUCUUGCGUUAUGUAAUAGCCAGACACGGGUUGGUCAAGGAUUCUUUACUCUUUGCUUCAGAUUUACCGACGGAGACUCAGGGCGUUACAGAUUCGGAUGCUGUUGCUAGCGUGCCCAUCCAACCUGAUUCUAUCAGCAAUGGGGUUUCUGAUACUAUAUCAAGCAUCAUGCUGUUCCGGCACUACAUCGAGCAAUGCUCAGGUCCCUCUGAUAGAGAAGGCAAUAAUUUAAAAUUUUCAUCUGUCACCACAAACAGCAAUGAUGAUGUUGCAAUUCUUUUGAAAUGUACAUCGCCUCUUCUAUGGAGUAGAAAUAGUGGAGUUGUACUUGCAGCAGCAAGUGUGCAUUGGAUCAUGGCUCCUAUUGGGGACGUUAAGAGAAUUGUUGGCCCAAUUUUGUUUACUCUACGGUCAUCUCCUGAUGCAGCAUAUGUGAUGCUUGGCAACAUAUUAGUUUUUGCCAAGACAAUGCCAUCAUUGUUUGCCCCAUUUUAUGAGGACUUCUUUGUAAAUGCUUCAGAUCCGUACCAGACGAGGGCUUUGAAGCUUGAAAUACUGACCUCUAUUGCCACAGAGCAAUCUAUUCCGGCCAUUUUUGAAGAAUUUCAGGAUUACAUUAAAGAUCCAGAUAGGAAAUUUGUAGCAGAUACCGUUGCAGCUAUUGCAUUGUGUGCCCAGAAACUUCCCUCUAUUGCCACCGCUUGCCUUGAGGGACUUUUGACACUUGUAUUUUAUGAAUCGUUUAUUAGUAACUCGGUUCACUUAGAUGGAGAAAAUGCUGUUUUGGUUCAAGCAAUCUUGUCAAUCAAAGCAAUAGUGAAAAUGGAUCCAGUAUCCCACGAAAAGGUAAUUGUCCGCUUGGUUCGUUGUUUUGACAAAAUCAAGGAUCCUGCAGCACGAUCCUUGAUCGUUUGGGUGUUUGGAGAGUAUAGCUUCAUGGGUGAUCUCACUACAAAGAUAGUUCCUCCUGUUCUCAAGUAUCUCGCAUGGUCCUUCUCUGCUGAAGUGGUGGAAACGAAGCUUCAAAUCCUAAAUUCUUCUGCCAAGGUUAUAAUGCGCUGUACAGAAGAACACAUGGAAGAAUUCAAAAGGAUAGUUGCGUAUGUCAUUGAGUUGGCUACAUGUGACUUGAAUUAUGAUGUUCGUGAUCGUGCUCGUUUACUAUCAAGACUUUUGCCAUGCUACAUGACUCACCAAGGGCCCUCACAUCAACCUCAGAAUGGUGAUAUCUAUAAAGAGCUAGCCGAUCAUAUAUUUAAUGGGAAGUUGCAGCCAACAUCUCAUUCAGCAAGCAACUAUCGCAUAUAUCUUCCAGGUUCCCUUUCACAGGUUGUUCUUCAUGCAGCCCCUGGUUAUGCACCACUUCCAAAGCCUCAAAGUAUGGAAUUAAACCAUAAUGUCUCGGAAGCAACCAGAGGCAAGGCCAAACUUUCUGGAAGUAAUAACUCCGGUGCUGAAUCUGUAACUUCAGCAUAUGAGAGCAGCUCUGUUUAUGAUUCGGAGAGUGAAGGUGCUGACCUAUCAGACAGAGAUACUUUUGAAUCCCAUCAGGAUCAAGAAGAUAACCAGGAUGCUCCACUGGUACAGAUAUAUGAUGCUAGUAUACAGCAAGGCCAGACAGGUCAAAAUACUGAGGAAAAUUUGGCAGAUCUCAUCUCUACUGAUUUGACUGAGUUGAUGUCUAAGUCAGCCUUGGAAUCAUGGCUUGAUGAGGCUCCUCCUGAGCCAGUUGUUCAGAAUUUGACACAGACAUCAUCUGCCAGAGUUUCUUUUACAAACCUCAACUUUGAGCGAAAACCUAAAUUACACACAUUGUUAGACUCAUCUGGCAGUAAUGGCUUAAGUGCUCUAUAUGCCUUCUCGUCUGAGGUUUCACCCAGAUCACGCUUGCUAGUAUGUGUGGACUUAUAUUUUGAGAAUGUCACUACACAACAGCUAACAGAUAUAACCAUUGAAGCUGAAGAGGCUUCUAGCAGUGUGGAUUCUAUAGACCAAACAUCAGAAGGAUCUUCGGGUGUCCCUACUAUCGUUCCUUUGGAAGAGAUACAUUCAUUGGCUCCACAACAAAUGGCAAAGAUGGUUCUUCAGGUCCAUUUUCAUCACCAUCUCUUGCCUCUAAAGCUGUCUGUGCUUUGCAAUGGGAAACGGCAUCCAGCAAAGCUUCAUCCUGACAUUGCUUAUUUUGUUCGGCCCCUACCCAUGGACUUAAAUACUUUCCUAUGCAAGGAAAACCAAUUGAGGGGAAUGUUUGAGUAUGCUAGGAGGUGCACCUUCAAAGAUCAUCUUCAGAAGCUAGAGCACGAGGACAGUGCAGAGCACAGCGAUAAGAACCUUCAGGUGGCCCAGAGUGUUGCUUCAAAGAUACUGAGCAAUGCUAAUGUUCACCUUGUCUCAAUGGAUAUGCCAGUAACCUUCAGUGUUGAUGAUGCCUCUGGCUUGUGUUGGAGAUUCAGCAGUGAAAUCCUGAGCACUUCAAAACCUUGCCUGAUUACCAUCCUCGCGGAAGGGCAUGCCUCAGGUCCACUGGAUCUUACUGUCAAGGUGAACUCUGAAGAUACGGUGUUUGCCCUGAACCUCCUGAACAGAGUUGUAGUGAUCAUAGAUUGAGGUGUCAAGUUUUUAGUUUUUGCAUUCAGUUUAAGAUAUCACGUGGAUACUGUAAAUUGUACAUUAUCAGCAAAUGAAAAGGGUAUUUGAAGCACGUGACUGUUUGUAAGAAAGAUUGUUGAAUAUUGCAACUCCAAUAGUUCCAAAAAAAAAGAAUUGAUAAAUGAAUGAGCUUUAUUUGCAA